AUGUUACCUUAUGAGAAUUCUCUUUUCACUGUUUAAGUAAUCAGGAAGCAUUUCUUUAAAGACAAAAACUAUUCUUUGUAUUUGUUCCCUGAUGAACUUGUUAUGACUGAUGUAUGAAGUACUUUUAUAUUGAUUAGGACAUCUCUAAAUAACCUAAGUACAAUCUUAAGAUGAAUCUCACAACUACAAUAAAGUGGAUUCUUGAAGAAAAACGUAUAGUGGGUUUCGAAUUUUCUUAUAAUAAUGGAUUUAAGAUAGUUUACGGACCCAAACUAAAUUUACUAAAAGAAAUGAUAGCUGGAAAAAUAUUUUAUCAGCCAAUUCUUUCUUUUUAUCAAUUUUAAAUGGAAAUGGGAAGUGGUAUGACAGGAUCUGUCUAUAGAUGUGUUGCUGCAGACAAUGCCAAUUUAUACUACGCCAUAAAAAAGAUUGACAAAUUGAAGAUAGCUCAACAUGAAGGUGGAAUAGUAAGAAUCUUCAUCAAUAUUAUAUUUAUUAGCCGUAAUUAGUUCAUGAACUCUCUCUAUUAUCUAUGCUAUCCCAUCCAAACAUAGUCAAACUCAAGGAAACUUAUGCUGACAAUUAAUAUUAUUACAUUAUAAUGGAAUAUAUCAAUGGCAGAACCCUAUAUUCUGAGCUCUCUAGUAGGCAAUAUGGGCUGUCAAUUGCAGAAACUAUCAAAAUUAUGAGAGUUAACUAUUUUCAAUAAUAUUUUAGGAGCUAUUGGAAGCCGUUUCAUACAUACAUGACAAAGGAGUAAUGCACCGUGAUAUCAAUCCACUCAAUAUAAUGAAAGCUGACACAGUAAAAUUAAUAGAUUUUGGCUUGGCGAGGAAAAUUAAAAACCAAUUGAAUUUUCCAACGUCAGGCACACCUGGAUAUAUGGCACCUGAAAUAAUCAAUUAUAAUAAGGAUAAAUAAUAUGAUGAAAAAGCUGACAUCUAUAGUCUUGGAUGUCUACUUUACAAACUGUAAUAAUUUUUCUAUAAUAUUAGAUUAACUGGAGAAAAUCUCUUUAACUCUAAAUCAGCUAAAUAAACUAUCUAUUAAGUUAACAAAGAUGGGUUUUUUGAAUUGAAAAAGCAACCUUAACAUCCUGAAGCCAAUUCUAUGAAAAUGGAGCAGCUCUUUGUCUUGUUGCCAUAUAUGCUUGAAACUGAUCCAUCGAAUCGUUUAUCUGCUAAAAUUUGUCUCACUAUCAUCGAAGAGAUUGAUAACAACAAUUAAAACAUAGACAGGCUUAUUAAGAAGAUUUUAGUUAGAAGAUCACUCAAUACUACAACUAUUGAAGAACAAAGAAGUUGUGAACGUCUAUCGAAAGGAAAGAUUGCAAAAUAAUCUAUUGAUGGAAUCUCUAAAAAAAGCUUGGAUGAACUCUCAGUCUUUACAAAAAAAGUUAUGGUUUAGAAUCAAUAAAAAGUCAUUCUCCCUCAUAAAAAGUAGGCUUGA